UUUUACUCUGUUGGUCACACCGCAAACAAUUGAGUGAAUAUUUACAGCAAAUAUACACAAUUUAAAUUGUUUAAACCAAGUUUUCGAUCUCAAAGCGACGAGAUGAGCUCCACACGUCCGUUUUGCUUCGUUUGCGGCAAAGUAAAAUCUGUCGGAGUCUGUCAGCUCAUCGAAGGAUGCAUUGUGCCAGGGACUUUCAAGCCCAUCAAAGAUAUAUUGAAAUAUUUUGAAAAGAUCAUCAAUCAGAGGUUGGAACUGCAACCCAACUCCGCCGCGUGCAGGGAUUGCCUGGAGUAUUUGUUCAAUUAUGAUCGACUUGUUAGGAAUCUGGUGCAGGUGCAGCGCCAGAUUGCUGAUGCCCUCCUAGGAUGCCGUCAGGGAAAAGGUGGAAAGGCCACGGGAAAGCAGGUGGAAAAGACAGACGUUACAAAGGCACGAGUACAGGUUCCCGCCUUCAAGGUCAUCCAUCCGACAUCAAAGAAUUUGGAUAGCCCCAACACUUCGUCUUUUUUAAUAGAAAACGACCAAAACGAAGAAAUCAAGGAAGAGGAGUUUAUUACGGAGGAAGUAAUGGAUGACUUCCAAUUUAGUGAAGUCGAGGAAAGCAUGUCGUCUUCCGAGGAUGACUACUUGGAAACCAUAGAUUAUCCUUGUCAUAUAUGUGGCGAAAUGUUUUCCAGCCAAGAAAUUCUAGACCGACACAUCAGGACGGACAACUGUCAGAAAAGCGACGACGCAACUUGCAACGUGUGCGGCCUCAAGUUUAAAGAUGACGAAGUUUUGGACCUCCACAUGAAUCUUCAUGAAGGAAAGACCGAGCUGGAAUGCCGUUACUGCGAUAAGAAGUUCUCACAUAAAAGGAACGUUCUUCGCCACAUGGAGGUGCACUGGGAUAAGAAGAAAUACCAGUGUGAUAAGUGUGGAGAGCGAUUCUCGCUGUCUUGGCUUAUGUACAACCACCUAAUGCGUCAUGAUGCCGAAGAGAACGCCCUUAUUUGCGAGAUUUGCCAUCAGCAAUUCAAAACCAAGCGCACCUAUAAACACCACCUGCGUACGCAUCAAACUGAUAGGCCGAGGUAUCCCUGCACUGAAUGCGAGAAGUCCUUUGUAGACAAAUACACGCUGAAAGUUCAUAAGCGAGUCCAUGAACAGGUUAAAGAGUAACAGACAUCCUAGUCUCAGACAUGUCACUGAGCGUACUGUAGGGUAUUGUUUAUAUAGUUUAAUCUAAGUAACCAGACAUAUGCAAACAUAUGUAUGUAUCAUUAAAUUACAAAUACCUAUACUAUGCAUUACUUAAAAUA